GGUCUCAGCUGCUUCACAACCUCAUGUCUCACGACUGUCACGUGACUGGUACAACUGGACUGCGCGUGUCUCUGCGGGAGAUUCUACUGGAGCGGAGCAAAGACAUUCCGCGGAUUCCUCGGGGAGUUGCAGGAUCGGGGGAGCUGAGAGUCAUGGAGGAAGCCGUUUGCUCCCUGGGGAUGCCCGAUGGCUACUACUUGCCCCAUCCUGGGGAUCACACGGGGGUGAAGCUGAAGAACUGCACAGAGGAGUGGGGGGAGAGGACCCCCAGCCCGGCGGUGUUGCGGUCGGUCACGCUGAGUUGGAAGGAGACGCUGCUGAGCAGGAAGAGACCGUUCGUAGGAAGAAGCUGUCACGUCUGCACCCCCCUCAGCCGGGAGACGUUCUUCAAUCCCAGCAUUCCCUCUUUGGGUCUCCGUAACGUCAUCUACAUAAAUGAAACCCACACAAGGCAUCGGGGUUGGUUGGCUCGUCGGCUCUGUUACGUGUUGUUUGUGCAGGAGAGGGACGUGAGUAAGAGAAUGUUCUGCAGUAACAUGGAGGAGACUGUGCUGAGUAACAGCAGAGUACAGGAGGCCAUUGAGGAUGUUGCGGCGGAGGAGAGUCCCUUGGGAACGGCUGAUCAGAAAUCCAGCAGCAAAGUGAAGAGAAAAGCCAAGAAGAUCCUGCAGGAGAUGGUGGCCUGUAUCUCCCCCGCAAUGAUCAGGCUGACCGGGUGGGUUCUGCUGAAGCUCUUCAAUGGCUUCUUCUGGAACAUUCAGAUCCACAAGGGGCAACUGGAGAUGGUCAAGAAAGCGUCCACUGAGAGGUGCUCCCCCCUGGUGUUCCUGCCGGUGCACAAGUCUCACAUCGAUUACCUGCUGCUCACGUUCAUCUUGUUCUGCCACAACAUCAAAGCUCCUCACAUUGCAGCCGGGAACAACCUCAAUAUUCCCAUCUUCAGCACCUUAAUUCAUCUACUGGGAGGAUUUUUUAUUCGGCGCAAACUGGACGAGACCCCGAAUGGGAAGAAGGACAUUCUGUACCGCUCUCUUCUGCAGGGGUAUGUGGAGGAGUUGCUUUGUCAGCACCAAUUCCUUGAGAUCUUCCUGGAGGGGACGAGGUCCCGUAGUGGAAAGACUGCGUGCGGCCGGGCCGGGCUCCUGUCGGUGAUUGUGGAUACGGUGAGCAAACGCUCCGUCCCCGACGUCCUCAUUGUGCCCGUGGGCAUCUCCUACGACCGCAUCAUUGAGGGGCAUUACAACAGCGAGCAGUUGGGAAAACCCAAAAAGGACGAGAGCCUGUGGAGUGUGGCGCGGGGGGUGUUGCGAAUGCUGCGGAAGAAUUACGGCUGUGUGCGGGUGGAUUUUGCACAACCAUUUUCCUUAAAGGAAUAUCUAGAAACCCAGACACAGAAACCGCCCCCCGCUUCAAUGUGUCUCAAACAAGUUCUUCUACCCAGCAUCCUCUCUGGCAGACCCCAAAAUGUUGAGUGUGAAGGGGAAACGGCGCUGCACCCGGGUCCCAGGAAUAUGCAGGAGGACCCUCUCAGGCGACAGAUGAUCACGAACUUGGCCAAUCACGUGCUGUUCACCGCUGACAAGUGCUGCGCUGUCAUGUCCACCCACAUCAUCUCCUGUCUCCUCCUCUACAGGUACCGCCAGGGAGUUCACAUGUCGGUGUUGGUGGAAGAUUUCUUUUCUAUGAAGGAGGAGGUUCUGGCGCGGGAUUUUGACUUGGGAUUUUCUGGGAAUUCGGAGGAUGUGGUGAUGCACGGGAUCCACCUGUUGGGGAACUCAGUGAAUAUCACUCACACCAGCAACGAGUUCUUCAUUGCGCCCAAAACCCAAAUCCCGGCCGUGUUUGAGCUGAACUAUUACAGCAACGGGCUCCUCCAUGUUUACUUCACUGAGGCAGUUGUAGCCUGCAGCCUUUACUCACAACUGAGGAGGAAAAUCUCGGAGAAAACAAACGGAUCUUCCGACGGAGCCAUCAGCCAGGAGUUCCUGAUCCGCAGCGCCACCGCCUUGUGCUUCCUCCUCUCCAAUGAGGGGGUCAUUGCUUUGCCGUGUCAGAUGUUCUUCCAGGUCUGCAACGAGGCCGUUCAGAGACUCAUCACUUAUGGGAUUCUCCUGGUAGCAGAGGAGGAGCAGGAAGAUGCCAGUCCCAGUGUGACGGAUGAGCCGUGGGAUAAGAAACUGGCGGAACAUUUGUCAUGGAGAAGUGAUGAGGAGGAUGAGGACAGCGACUUUGGGGAAGAGCAGAGGGACCGUUAUUUAAAGAUGAGCCCAUGUGAGGAGCACCAGCAGUUCUUGGCCUUCCUGCAGCGGCUACUUGGCCCCAUCCUGGAGGCUUAUAGUUCAGCCGCAACCUUCACCCUCAGUUUCAGCAGCCCCGUCCCAGAGAAGGAGUUCACCCAAAAUCUCCUCAAGUUCCUGAUCUGUAGAGCGGAAAGAUCAGUCGCAGUCUAUGCGGAAAGCGCCACCUUGUGUCUCGCCCGAAAUGCAGUGAAGACCUUUGUGGAUCUGGGGGUAUUCCAGGUGUAUAAGGAAAAGAGGGACUCUAUUCUGGAACUGAGCUCCACUUUCCUACCUCAAAGCAGCCGCCAGGAACUUCUCGACUUCAUCCUGGGCUUUAUGUGAGGCCCAAGAGCGGCUGAAAUUGAAGGUGCUGGGGGGUCAGUUACCAUACAGAGACCCCACGUUGGGGGAAAUACCACUCGAUGACAGACAAGUGCCUUCUCGCGACGUGAAGUCCUGCACCGCUCUCUACUGUGAACAAGAGCCUCUACCAGUCCCUCAGGAGUUGUGGGUACGGGGAGCCAUGCAAGAAGCAACCAAUAAGCUCAACCAACUAAUGGACCUGUUACACAAACUCUUAUUUAAAGACAAUUUGCUGCUUUCUCAUCAUUAAUGCACUAAGAUUUGCUCCUGUAGUGCCACUAGUCCAUUUGUACAUUUCAUUGUGGUACCAGAACCCCGUCAUAGUCCAUAGGUCCCGCUACAGUUGCCACUGGCUGAUAAGACAUGUUGUGACUGCAUAAGGCAACUAACACUAGAUUUUGGGGUUCAGACUGUUCUGACCUCUGUAAUGACGACUAACCUUACCCCCAGACUUUACCCUAACACAUUUGCAUUGCUUGUGGCACAUGUCCAGGGCACCACCAUUGUACUGGAGGGGUAGGGGCCACAGAUUGGGCUCUGUAGAUCCUUUCCACCUUGUAGACUGAUACAAUGUCCUUUAGCCUCAGGGUUUCCAUAGUUAUCAGCUUCAAAGCCCACCGGGCACAUUUAGUUUCUGCUGGGCUGUACUUACAGUGGUCAGAAGCCAGGGGGCGUCCUAUAAAGGGCUACAAUGGUGCCAGUACUUAUAGUGCAUAAUUACCCAUGAUUCCUUCCAGGUAGGCACAACAGCUGCACUUCCAUUGGACUCUGGGUCAGUCCAUUUGCUGAAGACACUUCCCAUGCAAUGAGUGAAGGGGCGGCAUGUAUCUCCCCCGUAACUGCUGCAGUUUUAUACAAGCUACAACUGUUACUUGCAUUUUUUUUAAAGUUACAUGAAAUGAAUGAGAAUGAUGAUUCCUCA